AUGUUGAGGCUUGAGCAUGAUCAGAGUGAGCUGGUGACACUAUGCUGCGUGGGACCUGGAAAACAAAUUGAGAUAUGUGAUAGUGCGCGAACUAUGUUUGUUUCUUCUGGUUGUAUGAAUUGUGAUGCCUCACUGGCAUGCACAUCAUGUCUUGUGAUUGUAUCAAAGGAUCUAUGGAAGCUAGUUGAGAAAGGGUUCAGUGAAGAGGGAGAUGCAACCAGAAUCAAUGAAAGUCUCAAGAAGGAUGCCAAGGCCAUGUACCUGAUCCAGCGUGCCCUUGAUCCUAGAAUACUGGUGAGGAUUUUUGAAGCAAAGACAGCAAAGGAGGCAUGGGACAUUAUAAAAACAGAAUUCCAAGGAGAUUCAGACAACUCCAACAUACAACUACAUGCACUUCAAAGAGAGUUUGAUGCUGUUAAAAUGAAGCAUGGUGAAAGUGUCCAAGACUUUGUGAGCAGGAUCCUGGACAUUUCUGUACACUCAAUCAUUGAAGCAAAAGAUCUGAACACAUUGACAGUUGAGCAAUUAAGUGGCUCAUUGAAGAACCAUGAAGCAAUUCUUAAUAUAGAAGGCACUCACCUUGAAGGAGAAAAAGCUCUGCAUGCUGGCCGAGGAUCUCUACAUCAUUUUGAUGGUCCCAACAGGGGAGGAAGAGGACGAGGUCGACACCCUUUCAGGGGAAGGGGACGCGGGCUCGGCAGGAGCAUUGAAACUGGUCGCACUGAGCCUGUUCAUGGUGCAGAAUCCAGCAAGAACUACAAGAGUGUGCAGUGCUUCAUUUGCAAAAAAUUCGGCCAUGUCAAAGCUCAAUGCUGGUAUAGAAACAAAGAGGCCAAUAUUGUAAAAGAAGAGAAGGAAAAAGGAAAAGAAUAUGAAGAAGUUGCAUUCAUGGCAAUCAGUGAAGAACCAAAGACAGGUGGUAUUUGGCUCAUCGAUAGUGGUUGCUCUAACAUCAUGACUGGUGAGAAGAGUUUAUUCCAGAACAUUGAAGUUACUCCUAGUCAUUCAAUCAAAGUGGGAGAUGGAAAAACUCUCAUGGUGGAGGGAAUUGGAAAAAGUGAUUCUCCUGCUCAAGCAAAGGAAAGAUCACAAGCUUGA